CCCGAAUGUAUUCCAUUUGCUUGCUCCGUUACCCUACAUGAUUGCUGGCUUUCUUGCGCGGUGAAAAGCAACGCCUAUUGGAGCGCGUUGUAGCCGGUCAAUGGCCUCGACUGACCGCAGUACAGCUGCGGAAUCGAGCGACACCAGGGACGAUUCCCCGCAGGACGACACCUAUGCCGCUCCCUACGGUCGCUCCUGCUUAGACUGCUUUCAGGCCAAGUGCAAGUGCAUCUACUCCAAAGCCAGCGGGAAAUGUCAGAGGUGCCAACGCUUGGACAAGGAAUGCCGUCAGCCCGCUACUACCCGCCGCUCGACCACACGAAGAUCAGCCGUCUCUAAGAGCACAUCGAAGACAAACCGGCUGGAGGAUAAGAUAGAGGACCUGGUUGCGCUGCUCCGGGCAGGCGUAAAUCCUGGAAAUGCUUCUACAACUUUACUCAGAGAGCUGGCGCAAUUACCCGAGAACCAGAAGUCCACCGGCAGCAAUGCUGUGUCGCCACCAGGCCAUUCUGACAUCUCUAUGAGUAGCUCAGGACCUAGCUCCGUUUACACACGCCUCACGAAUGGCACAGAGUCGACACCAGAAGCUAGCCUGUCGGACGGCGGAGGAGGCUCGUUAUCGACAGGCGUCUCAGCCGAGCAUGAAAUGGAGCCAACAGGCGUUCAGGCAGAGGAAUAUUUUACUGUGUUUCUCACUCAAAUGCUACCGUACUUUCCGUGCAUAUACGUUCCACCAGGCACUACUGCGCAGAAGCUCCGUCGUGAUAAUCCUUUUACAUGGGUUUGUAUCAUGGCUAUCGCGUCCAAAAGCAGCGCACAACGUCGCAUUCUCUUUGAUCGAAUCAAACAAACGGUUGCGCAAAGAUUAGUGCAUGAAUACACCUGUCGCGAACUUGAUAUGCUUCAAGGGAUUCUCCUAUAUCUUGGGUGGUCCAAUCAGCAGGUCUACAACAAGGCCAACAUUUACGUCUUUGCACAGUUAGCAAUGGGAAUCGUCUACGAAAUGGGUCUAUUCAACCCAGAAGCGAAGGGGAAGCAUAUGUUGCUGUGUGUUCAUCCAGAACCGCACGAGAACCGUACGGCACCCCCGCGCCAGGUUAUGGAGGAGCGCAGAGCUGUUCUGGGGUGCUUUCUAUUGACAUCCACAAUCGCAACCUUUCUGCAGCAGAGUGACUCUUUGCGCUGGACACCUCAUUUGGAAGACUGUCUGCGCCUCCUUGAAGAGCAGCAAGAGUGUGCCAAUGACGGAAUUCUUGUGCAGCAAGUUCGACUUCAAUUAGUCACGGACAGACUCAGUUUGGGUAGCAGGUAUGGAGGUUCAGCGAGCGUUGAGUCGAUGCGACCGUCGCCUUCCGUUUAUCUCCGCCCAAUGCAGACGCAGCUGCAGUCACGCCUUCAGGAAAUCAUGAGCAGACAUGGUUCUCACUCUAAGGGAUAUAAAAUUGUCCUCUUGCAUCAUUACAACACCUCGCUGAGUCUCUAUGAAUCUGCGCUCCCAAAGGGUGCCAUUUCAUCAACUGUUAAUGUGACGUACGAGCACCUUGACUACCUGUAUGGUUGCCUCGACGCCACGAAGUCCUGGUUUGAUGUAUUCCUGAGCAUACCGCCCGGGGAAUACAUUGGAUUCCCCUUCGCCGUGUUCGCCCAAAUGGUCCAGAAUCUGGCCACUCUCUUCCAGCUCUCCACUCUAGAGAGUUCACUUUGGGAUACGACCAAUGUUCGACGAACGGCCGAUAUCUUACAGAUUUUGGACACGGUCGUCAGCAAUAUGAGCCUAGUUGCGACCAUUAAUGGCCUGGAUGGAGAUCCUGGAGCAGAUAUCUUCUCUACAAUAGCUCAGACAUAUCACGCUGUCCGCGUGGGAUGGGAAACCAGGCUCUUUACUAACCCCAUAGGUUCAUCUGCGGUGGAUUCAGUCCCACAAAUCCUUAAUCAGACUCUUUCCGAUAUCCUCACUACCCCGGCUGAUCCUUUACCACUGAUUGGGGAUAAUGAUUGGUUGACAGAUGCGCUGAACACCAUGAACCGCAAUGAGAAUGGAUGAUCGGACUGGUGCUCAAGUCAAGCCGAGAUUGCAUGCCCUACAGCAGGAUUACUGGUCGAAUGUGGGGAUAGUGAAGUAAUCUACACCAAGGUUCUGACACUGUCUACGGCGACGCACGCUUGCCAAAAUUUUCUGAAGUGGUCACCACCAGCAAGCC